CUCACUGACUAUCUUCUGCUGCUGUUUUUCCACCCAAACCCUGUUAUAGAGCUGCUCGUUUCCUGAGAUCAGAGCAAUGACCAGGAGAGUAGACAACUGCAGCGUGAUGGGUGCUGAGAUCCCACUUUCCUCAGAGUUCUUUAAAGUGAUUAAAAAUGAGCUGUGGUUGUACCUCGUCCCGGCCGCACUGGCUGUCCUGCUACUGGCUCUCUUCCUGGAGGAGGUUGGCUUCUUUCUCCGCCACGUGCCUUCGUCCAGACGCAGGUGCCUCAGCCUGUGGAUCCUGGGCAUGUAUCCGGUCUUUGGAUUGACCUCCAUCAUUGCACUAUAUGUACCUCGAUCCUCCUCGUUGUGCAAUUUUAUCGCUUCUUUAUAUCACUCCAUUACUCUGUUGAAGUUCAUGGGUCUUAUUGAAAAUUUCUUUGGAGGGAAGGCCCGAAUGUUUGAGGUGCUGGCAGGGGAACAGGUUUCUCCUGAUCCUUUUCCCUGCUGUUGCUGCUGCUGUUUGCCCCUCAUCAACAUCAACAGGACAAGUAUAGGAUGGAUGAUGGCUGCAGUCCUCCAGCUCUCUGUGGUCAGAACUCUCGUGUUCUUCAUCACACUCGUCCUCUGGACAGAUGAACAGUAUGACUAUGGGGAUGUUGAUUCAUUUGAUCCUAACAUUUAUGUAAAUGCAAUCAUUGGCGUAUCCACCUUCAUGUCCUACUACGGCUACCUGCUGUUUUACAAGGCAACCAGGAGAGCGCUGCACGGCUAUGGGCUUCGAGCCAAAUUUGUUUGCAUAAUUGUUGUCUUAGUCCUGUGUGGACUUCAGAAUGGAAUUUUGGAAACUAUGGGGGUGCUGAAAGUUGUGCCCUGUGCACCUCCCUUCUCUGCUCUGUUUCGCUCUCAGUUAAUCUACCACUAUUCAGUAAUUGUGGAAAUGUUCUGCAUCAGCCUCUUCGCUCGCAACAUAUUCCGUAAAGUGGAGCCCAGUCCAGAGGAUGCUUAUGGCCUUGAGGAGAGAAUCAUCAGUCAUAAGGCAGUUCAAACAGAAGCUCAGUUGCCCCUUGCAGUUCAGCUCAGCUCUCAGGCAGAGGAGCCAUGGUGCUCUAACCCCGGCUACAGCAGCGAUAGUGAAGACAGCCUUUGUAGAAUCGAACAUGCUCCGCUGGACUGCUUUCCUUUUCCCCUACAGUCCAAGCCUCUGAAUAUGUCAGAGAGAGACAGUGAUAAGCUACCUGAGGAGUGUAGGAGCACAGAACCCACAACCAUAACUGUUAGUGCUGAGAUCAACUAUGUGGUGAAUACUGAUGUCACUGUUGUAUAGCAGCAGAUGUAUUAAGCCAGAUAUAACCAAAGAUGUUAUCUCUCUACACUCAUCUCGUGUCAGUGCUGUGUUAAGGCCCAAAAUGUCAAAACGCAUGGAACCCUGAUAGCUUUCGAACUCUGUGCUUCAAUCUGUAAACCAUUGCUUUAAGUUUAAGCAAGUUUUAUAUGACUUGAUUUUAUAUAUUGUAUGUCAUUUUGCAAGAAAAACUACUUUUCUUGCAAAUUCGAUGAGGUAUUACAGUUGUUUUGUAUAAUACAGAAAUUAUUUGUAGUAUUUAUAAAUAUUUCCCAUAAUGAUGUAAACUUUGGUCUAUCCAUUCAGUAUAGAACGUAUACUCACUAAUUCACAAACUCAGCUAACAAAUAAAGAAUUUAUUGCAGAACGUAUAUAUCAGUAACCUACCUUAAUAACCUACCUUAAUGCAAUGGGCAAACCAUAAUUACUGGAAGAUAUACAGUGUGCCUUAAAAAAAAAAUUUGUGCCAUGAAUAUAUGUAAACAGUUCUUCCAAAGAAAAGGAAAGGGGGAAAAAUCCCUCAAUAUCUCAAAUCUAUGUAAAAAAUAAAUAAAUACAAUACAAAGCAGCAGUAUAAAAUAAACAUACUGACACUAUGUGGGAAAAAUGUAAAAACAAAAAUGA